AUGACUGUUGAUCAAGUUUCACCCAGCGAUGAGUCCAAGGGCACCGGUAUUACGGCCGAAGCAGCCGUCAAGGCAAUCAAAGCUGGACGAAAAAAAGAUGUGGAUAUUGCUGCACAGAUCGUGAGCGACUAUGCCGAUCAAAUGGAUGGGGAAACUUGGUCGGUGGAGGAAGAAAGACGAUUGAUCCGCAGAAUUGAUUGGAGACUCAUACCCACCCUAUUUGUUUGCGCAACGCUAUCAGGGCUCGACAAAACCGCCAUCUCAGCGGCGGCAAUUUACAACAUCAAAACGGAUCUCAAUCUUUCUGGAGAUCAGUAUUCGUGGAUUGGAUCUGCUCCGUUCUUUGGUGGAUUGGUUUUUAUGGGUCCCUUGGCUUACUGCUUGCAAAACUUAAAAUCAGUAUCUGACUGGCUUAGGGUCCCUGCCGUGCCAUUCUUCGCUUUCAAUGUUCUCUGUUGGGGAAUUUUGGAGAUGUGCAUGGCGGCAUGCACCAGCUUUGGAGGCCUAUUUGCAUGCAGAUUCCUUCUCGGUGGUUUCGAAUCGCUGUUAAUCCCGGCAGUUACAUUGGUUGUUUCUAUGUGGUAUCGACCGGAAGAGCAGCCAAAGAGAAAUAGUAUAAUCCUUAAUGUGGUCGCUCCAAUUAUCAAUGGUUUUGUCGCAUGGGUUGUUGGAUACUACGAUGGUCCAUUUAAGACGUGGAAAAUCAUUUUCCUUCUAGUCGGGGCACUAACCGUUGUUACAUCAGUGGUCGUCUAUCUUGUUUUACCGAACAACCCCUAUGAAGCCAAGUUUCUGACCAGUCGUGAAAAGUACAUUGUGAUUCAACGCAAGGCAUCCGAUAACACUGGUAUCGAGUCAAAGACUUUCAAGGUUGAACAAGUCUGGGAGGCUAUUUGGGACAUAAAAACUUGGCUGAUUUGGAUUGCAAUCGUUGCCUUGCAGAACCAAAUAUUCUGUGCUAAAUUUAUGAAGGUGCCUAAUGGUGGAUUGACGACUUUCAAUACCCUCAUAAUCUCUGGUCUCGGUUUCGAUUCUUUUCAGACCUCGCUUCUUGCUAUGCCCCCCGGGGCCAUGAGUACUUUGUCUGGAAUAGGUCUAUCAUAUUUAGCAGCGACCACAAGACGGUAUCGCACACUUAUUGUGACAGUCUCUAUUUUGCUCCCGCUUUUUGGUGCUGUGCUGUGCUAUGCUCUACCCCGAACGAACCUUCCAGGUCAGCUAGUUGGGCUAUACACAUAUUGGGCCCCAUAUAUCACUCUAGUUUCGGUUUAUCAGGCUAAUAUUGCUGGUCAUACGAAGAAGAUCGUUCUAUAUGCGUGGUUCUAUAUUGCUUGGGCCACUGGAAACAUCAUAGGACCCCAAACCUUCCGUGCGGAUCAAGCCCCAGAAUACACUGGCGGAACUGUGGCAAUGAUCAUUUGCUAUAUUAUUGCAAUGUUCGCCAUUACAUCUUAUGGGAUAAUCUGUCAAUUCGGCAACAAGAAGCGCGCAGAGGCGAUUGAGAGUCGGAUGGCUGUUGAUCAAGACUGGUUGGAUCUGACGGAUAAGGAGAAUGAGGGAUUCAAGUACACGACAUGA